UCUUGUUGCUCCGGCUCACCAUCACCAUCUCGAAUCUGCUUAGAUUGUGGCCUAGGCGCUCUGAGCACUCUUAGACCGUGUGUGCGGACACCAUUCAACCUCGUCCAUAUAGUCAGAUCCCUCAUCCCAAGAUUCCUGUGAUACACUUCCUCUGACAGUGGUGCAACAUUCCAGGACAGGAUAGCUAACCUCAAUAGUGCUAUGGAACCUGUACCCCUUCCGGAUGACGCGACAGAUGUCCUUUUCAGCCUGUUUGCGGAAACUGGAAUGGCGGAGAUCUGCGAAUUACAAAACGCACUGGCGACGCUCGUUCACGAUCAACAUGCACUCUCCAGGCGCCUAGCAUUCCGGAAAGCGAAAGCUCUGCUAGCCCAAGGACAUGCCUUCGCCCUCCUCAAGGAAGAUCCCUCGUUCUCACCUGAGCACCUCGCCGACGAGAGAGCCUUCCGCCGGGCUUCUGGAAUCGUCGCUCUUGCUUCGAUGCUCUACCAAACAGCCGGCGAUUCGGAGCCCGAGUACGCGUCCCUGAUCGAGAAGCCACCUUGUCCCCUCUCUCGUCUGUUUCUGUGGAUGGACUUCGUGCAUCCAAUGCGGCGUCACCCCAUCCCACCUCACAAAGUCUCCGGCAUCAUUCUGUCUAUAUGCAGCAUCUACUCAAGCCUUGCAUGCUACAGACACGAGCUCUUCGUGUCAUCUCUGCGCGAGAAUCCGCGCGCCAUGCUGCAAAUCAUCGACAUCUGGCUGCACUACCCCUUAUACCUACAAGGAGCCAAUGGCGGGCGCUUGACGGCUGCUGCGUCGGUCGUCCUCGCUGCCCGUCCGCUCCUCCAUCUUUUCUUUGGCAACCCACGCACAUACAUGCAUUCGACAUUUUUUGCCGAGCUGAACGCUCUUGCCGGUCGUAGGCGCUAUGUCCUUGACAGCAUCGCGAGUCAAUCGCACUUUCUCACAAGCAUCAGCGCGGUCUCUCCAACUUGGACAUGGCUCUGGCGAGAUCACCUACUUGUUGCACUCAUGCUUACGCACUCGCUAGAGUUCUACGGCGUGCUCGUGCCGCGUGGUGUUCUGCGCGCGCUAAUGAGCUGCGUUACCAAGCUCAUCGACAACACCACCUCACGAGACAGGGAUCUGCGCGAAACCGCGGCGGUUGCGAGCGACCUUAUCCUGAGCUUCCUGAAGCACACAAACGACACCCGCAAUGUCCUUCGCGCCGUGAAGGCAGGACUGUUCCCCUUCCUACGAACUCUCGAUGCAGCCUUUGACACGCACAUGGAGUCGGUGGCUGCCCUGAAGAAUUACAUGGCCGACUGCGUCUCUCUUCCAAGCAUUUUGCGUCCGCUCGUCAAGGCGAACCCUGAGCUCGCGCAGGAGACCCCUCAGUCUGACCUCACGAGCAGGUUCGCCAGGUUGUAUGAUAAUGCAAGGCGACAUCGGGUUCUAUAUGGCCGACUGCAGGAUGUCAAUCCGUGGAUCCUUCACAUUCCAUGUGGGAAUGUGUUCAAGGUAUGCCGAACGCUCGACGUUGAUUGAUAUGCUAAUGACUCUCCAGGGCUAUCACGAGCCUCGCAGAUAUAUCUGCCCUUGCGGCACGAGAGUGUACUGCUCAAUCAACUGUCAGCGAGAAGACUGGCGUCGACAACACCGGCAUUCAUGCUGUGCAUCAGGCGGUGUCUGGGGUCUCGGUGACACAAUCACGCUCAGUGACGCGAGAUACGUACUGUCCAUAGCGCAGGCCUUCUUCGCCUGCAACAUCGUGAAGAUCGGCAUAAGGCUGCGCAAGGUCAACGUUGAUUUGGACACAAGUCGUCCUACCGAGUCUGGCCUCACACGCAUCGUAAUCAUCGACCUUGGGCGCGCCACAGAACCAGGAGACGAC